UCUUCAUUCUUCAUGGCUCUCUUUCUCUCACUUCUUCUCAUUCUGUUGUUUCAUUCAACCAAUGCUGACUGGCCACCUUCUCCUGGCUACUGGCCAAGCUCUAAAUUUAGGCCUAUGAGCUUUUAUAACGGGUUUAGAAAUCUUUGGGGUCCUGGCCAUCAAAGUUUAGACCAAAAUGCACUAACAAUCUGGCUUGACAGAACCUCAGGAAGUGGAUUCAAGUCAGUUCGUCCUUUUCGUUCUGGUUACUUUGGAGUCUCUGUUAAGGUUCAACCUGGUUACACAGCAGGGGUCAUAACAGCUUUCUAUCUAUCAAACAAUGAAGCUCAUCCAGGAUUCCAUGAUGAAGUGGACAUAGAGUUCCUUGGAACUACAUUUGGGAAACCUUAUACUUUACAGACCAACGUGUAUAUUAGAGGGAGUGGUGAUGGCAAAAUCAUUGGAAGGGAAAUGAAGUUUCAUCUUUGGUUUGAUCCAACCCAAGAUUUUCAUCACUAUGCCAUUUUUUGGAGUCCUAAGGAGAUCAUAUUCCUAGUGGAUGAUGUGCCCAUAAGGAGGUAUCCAAGGAAGAGUGCUGAAACAUUUCCUCUAAGGCCAAUGUGGGUUUAUGGUUCAAUAUGGGAUGCCUCAUCAUGGGCAACUGAAGAUGGAAAAUACAAAGCUGAUUAUAAAUACCAACCAUUUGUUGCAAAGUUCACCAAUUUCAAAGCAGAUGGUUGCUCCGCCUAUUCGCCGGCUCGGUGCCGGCCAGUCUCCGCCUCGCCUUUCCGGUCCGGUGGGUUAACCAGGCAGCAACAUAGAGCAAUGAGAUGGGUUCAAAGAUACCAUAUGGUCUAUAACUAUUGCAGGGACCCCAAAAGGAAUCAUGCCUUAACCCCAGAGUGUUGGAGCUAGUGAACUUUAUAACAGUUCACUUAAAGUUUUUACUUCUCUUGUGAAAUAAUUUUAUCUUAAGAUGGAUCCCACAAGUUUUUUUUUUUUUUUCUUACUCCUUUCCUUUUUUAAUAUAAUAAAAUUUGAUUGAAUUUCAGUGUCUGAAAUGAGUGAUUGCC